AUGACGAAACACAGCAAGAACGCCUCGUGUCGGCAAUUUUAUUCGAAUCAAGAGAAAGGUCGUUUGAAACAGGGAACACAACAAUCAAGGCUCGGAAGUGAAUCGAUGAGGCCAUUUGAUGCUUGUUGUUUAUGUAAUCAACCUGUGUAUAAACCUGCUGUAUCAAAAAGUGGAUAUUUAUACUGUUAUGAAUGUAUUCUUGAGAAUUUAGUACAGCAAAAGAAAGAGAAUGAAAGAAAAAAACUGGAGAUGGAGGAAAAGCAAGUAGAGGAGCAGAUUAAACAAAUUAAAGAAUUGGAAGAAAAGCAAUACAUACAACUAGAGAGAAAAUUGGAUGUUUUGCAAAAUAGUGUUGGAUCAUCAGGAAAUUCAACUCCGAUUUCAUCAAGCAGCACAACGAGCGAGAAUAAUAACAACAAGAAGAAAAUCAAAAAAUUCAAAACUGUGGAUCCAAUGGAUCCAAAGGAGACGCUAAAGAUGAAAGAUCUAGUUCGAGUGAACUUCAAGUUAACGAAGAAAGCUGAAGAAGAGGGAGAGCUGAUUCCUGAAUUUAAUGUUAGGUAUGAAUGCCCGUGUUGCUUCAAAGUAUUCAGCAAUGCCUGCAAAGGGGCUUAUGUAGUGAGAGAAUGUGGUCAUGUGCUGUGUGUGACAUGUUUUGACAAGUUCUGCAAAGAUACCAACGAAUGCUUUGUUUGUCAGGGAAAGAUUAAGAAGAAACCCAUUCGUUUAGUCUGUGCGAAUCUAGGCUUUGCACAUAAUGACGAGCAUAAGGAGAGUGUUGUGGCAGUUAUGUAUACUCCAACAAUGAAUAUAUCGUAA